AUGACAGCACUACUCCUUCCAGACGACUAUAUUUACAUCUGGGUUUGCGAUCACAAUCUCUUGGGGUACCACUUACGUGGUCAAUUCAUGGCUGUUCUCAAUGACUAUGACUUAUUGUCGUUCAAACGUGAUGGUCCCAGGGGCCUCAGGCGCACAGGAACGGUAUCAUUCAUGGUGGUAGACCUUCUCAUGCCAGACGCUAUGGCAGGCAAGGUCAAGCGUGUGUAUGCGUAUAAUGCUGAAUUGUUCAUCUGGGUUCUUACCUGGGUCUGUCUUCGGUAUGAGGAGGGCAAACUUCUGCUUCUUGCUGUUUUCUCUCCAGAAAUCUUGGUGCUCUUCGAAUUCCUCAUCCUUGGCGUUCAAGAACACCACACCAAACUUGCAGCAUACCCUGAUGCCAAGAAUUUGAUUGUCUUCCAGGAUCCGAUUCAGAAGGGUUUAGCACUCGGACAAAGCUCAUUUUGCCUAGACGAGAAUCAGUGCACCAUCAGACAUGCUCUCGAGGACAUCACUGACAAGAUAGCUGCCCUCAACUUGAAGUUCCCCACCAUGCCACAUAGCGCUGCGGGACACCAUAGUUCUUCAUCGGUUGUCCUGCGGAGUGUCGCCAAAUUUCCGGAGCCAUGCCUCUUCAAGGGCAGUGCUGCUGAAGUUGAUACCUUCAUAGACGAAAUACUCAGUGGCAAUGGUGAUAUCGGUGCCUAG